AUGAGUGAAAUAACUAUAUCAUACAAUGAUAAUAUUGAAAAAUAUUCUAUUAAAUCGUUUGAUGAAAAAUAUACAAAUAGAAGAAACUUUGAAAUUAAAGUUUCUGAAUUUCUAAAACGUAAAAGAUAUCAUAUAACGCUUUCUAAUAGUUAUUCAAUAAAUUCAAAUUUCAGAUUUUUUAAUCUAUCUGAUAGAUUAGCAUUACAAAUUGGAAAUUAUAGAAUCACAAGAGAUGGAGGUCUUGAUAUUAUUGGUGAUAAAAAUGGAAUGCAAAUUAUUGUACAAGUUAAAUUUAGUAGAACAGGAAAAUAUCCAAACCUUAAAAAAGCAUAUAAGGAAUUUAUAAACACUGUAGAAACUCGAAAAUCUACUAAAGAGAUUGGAAUUUUCGUUGUAACAAAUAAUAUUAACAUACAAAAAUUAAAAAAUAUCACUUCAACUGAACAAGAGGAACAUAUGACUGAAAUGUUAAAGCUAUACAAUGAUAUUUCUAAUGCAGUAGAUUGUAUUAAUAACCAAAAUUUGUCGAUGGAAGAUUUAAAAAUUCAACUUGCAAUAUUAAAAAGUCAAUUAGAAAAUAUAAAUGAUAUAAAAAACAUAAUGUCUUGUAACAUAAAAAAAUAUGGCAAUAUAAAAAAUCUGAAUCUAGCAUUAGAAUUAUCAAAAUUUUCUAGUUAUUGA